UUCUUCGACCAAAUAUAAUUUUAUACAGCUGUUUUCUUUAGAAAAAUAUUGGUCAGAGACGGGUAUCCAAGGCUCAUUAUCCGGUAAAAAUAUUUGAAAGAAGUAAUCAUUUUUGUAACUUUUCUUCCUCUGAAUCUGUCCAUGGCAUCCAAGGGCGAAAGAGAGACAUAUCACUUCAAUUCCCUCACUGGACAGUUCUUCAGCUCUCAAGCAACAAGCAUGGUGUAGUAAUAAUAAUAGUAGCGAUGCUGCCAGUUCAGUGAUUCUAGCUUCCGUUUCUAUGUUUUAUCUGCGGAGUGUAAUAUUGAAAGUAAAUCAGUUUUCAUUUUCAUGGAUUACGAAAGAAUCCAAAAGCCUCAGGGUGGAGGUGGAUUUUCCCCUGCUAAGCUAAGGACUAUGCUCCUAGGAGUAGAAAAGAAAAGAAAACAAGAAGAAGAACAAGUUGAAUCUUCAGUAGAUUUAAGAUCUGAACUUUCUCACCUUGAUGACGAUUCAGGGAAAAGUGGCUCUGAUAGUUGCAAAGAUGUAGAUGUGGUGAGUGUUCUUCCAGAAUGUUCCACUUCUACAACAGCUAGUUCUACAGCUGCUAUGCAAAAUGGGAACGAGCGAAGAUCAAAGGAUCAUUCUUUAGGCACUGCUCAAAACCGGUUCAUUGAGGAUCAUCCUGGUUUAGAUUAUGAUAGUGGGCAUGACAAUAUGAGUGUGUCCUCAUCGAUCUUUGAGUUUCAGAAGACUGAACGAGCACCGCAAAGGGUUCCCCUUGGGCCGUUUUCUAAGCCUGCUCCAUCGAAAUGGGAUGACGCUCAGAAAUGGAUAGCCAGCCCUACUGCAAAUCGGCCGAAGACAGGGCAGGGUGGGCAAGGGGUGGGAUCAAGAAAAGGAGGUAAUUUUGGUUACGGGAGGCAAUCGUCUACUAAGGUGGUCAUUGAAGUUCCAGAUCAAAGGAUGGUUGCUUUCGAAGAACCGGAUACAAAACGGAUUGAUACUAAUCAUGCUAAGAAGGAUGAUGGGCUGCAGAAGUUUGUUAAUUGGGAGAGUGAUCCAUACCCAGUUGUGGAUUCAUAUGGGAAGCCUGUACUAAUGAUCGGGAACUCUGUUGCUGAGUCAGCUAUUAGUCUUAGCCAGCAUGAUUCAUCAAUAUCGAUACAUAGUGCUACGACGUUUAUUCCUCCUCCUUCAACAGCUAGAUCAGUAUCCAUGAGAGAUAUGGGCACUGAAAUGACUCCUAUUGCUAGCCAAGAACCUUCAAGGAAUGGAACUCCUGUGCGGUCUACAACACCAAUUCGGAGCCCAAAUUCAUCGAGGCCAUCAACUCCCACCAGAGCUGUACCUUCUACAUCUCCAGAAAAUUCACGUAAAGACCACUUAGAUCUAAACAGAGAUUUGUCAGAGAAGGAACUCCAAAUGAAAACAAGGAGAGAAAUUAUGGUUCUUGGGGCCCAGUUGGGUAAAACAAACAUCGCAGCAUGGGCUAGCAAAGAGGAAGAGGAUAAGGAUGCAUCCACUUCACUGAAAAUUGUAGCACCAGAACAACCAUCUAAGAGUGUCAUUGAAACCCGUGCAGCAGCAUGGGAGGAAGCAGAGAAAGCCAAGUACAUGGCCAGGUUCAAACGUGAAGAAAUGAAAAUUCAAGCAUGGGAGAACCAUCAAAAAGCAAAAACUGAGGCUGAGAUGAGGAAGAUUGAGGUUGAGGUUGAAAGGAUGAGGGGGCGUGCUCAUGAUAAGCUCAUGAAUAAACUAGCCGCUGCAAGGCACAAGGCAGAAGAGAAGCGUGCAGAAGCAGAAGCCAAGCGAAACCGACAAGCUGCAGAAACUGAGCAACAAGCCGACUAUAUUCGAAGAACUGGCCGAGUACCCUAUUUUUGCUGCUGGAGUUGGUGCUCCUAAAAGAAAUCAGAUUUUUUCCAUUCAGAUUGAUCUGCUCUACCUACAUAGCUGUUUUUUGCUUAUCCCAACUUCUAUCAAAAUGCCGCUUCCAGGUAUUCAUCACUUUUGUUCACUUGCACAUUGAAAAUAUCAUACUCAGGAUUCCAAUCUGUAAAUCUAAGCUUUUGUAGCAACCCUGACAAACUGAUCAAAGUUAAAAAUGCUGAGGGUAGAAGGUUAUGGUGAUUGAAAUUUAAAAAUCUUUUAGGGAUUUGUUGUAUGAAUUGUUUAUUAAUUGGAUCAAUUACAAGUUCCAAAUAUUCCCAAA